GACGAUAUGGUGUGUUAUGUAAAGUUGAAUCGUUGAUAAAUUGUACAUCCAAACAAACAUAAUUUACUUAGUAAACGUGAAAUAUACGCUGCAAUUGCUUUCAGUAUCGAUAACAUGUGCAACACUAUCGAAAACGGUUCAGCUACCCUAACUAGAGUGACGUAUUUCUACGAAACACGAUACGAAGGACCAUGCUUUGUAACUAUGAAUGACCAGGCCAUUCGUUUAAUGUCUUUUCUUCUGAAUAGUUGUUGAGUGAGCUUUGUCCACCGGAUUGGUCAGUUCGAGCCUAUUCCAUUAAAGUUUUGCAUUUGAGGAUAUCUCAAGGUUAAAUGAUCUGGCUGGGUAAAGGGUGAUAUGCAAAACUCCAGAUUGAACGGUGAUCCUUCGUUUGUAUUUCUCAACGGUGGGGUCACACCAGGUGAUGGAAAACGUAGAUUAGUACGAAAAACCAGUGCGGAAAUUGUGAGCGAAGCUAAAAGCAUGCUGGCAGGAGGAGGAACACGCUUGGUGUCUGCCAGGCGGCCAAUAACACCCCGAGAACCUAGAAGACAGCUAUAUGGCCGGGUGGCUCCACCAGGGAGGCCUCCGAGUGCCUUCAGCUUAAAGUAUCUACAGCUAGAAUCUCGCGCCCUGCCGUCGUUGGAACCAAUUCAAAGCACCAUCCAAACCAAUGGAGUUGUCCGAUCGGAAUCGGUUGAUGACCUGGGUGAAUAUGAUUCUACGAACAAUAAUGGCCCUCGGAGCAAAUUACCCGCGCUGCUUAAAGUUCCUGGCAAACAGGCAGGAUCGCUCGAUAACCUUUCAGAAUGUAUGCCACCGCGAAAGGACUUUAAGCCACCGACGGCAGCCUUAACACCACAAUUUUCACUCAAUGCCGAACCCAAACCUCUGAACGAGAAACGGCCGCCCCCGUUAGAUGGGACCUGCUCUGGUAACGUUGCAACGGCUCCAUCGGGACCAUCGCCACCGAACAGUAUCGUUAAGAACCAUCCUCUCAAGCGUCGUCAAUUUCAAUCGCUCGACGAGCGCAACACGCCUGAGGCGGAAAAAUCCUCAUCGUUGGGAUCGGCUCGACAGUCUGAAAGUGCGAAAAUGGACCACCAAGAGCAGAAAGUGAAGCUGAGCAAAAGCAACGACUUGCUGGCACAAUCCAGCACGGAGGCUUUAUUGGAAAUGCUGAAGGCCCAUGCUGGAAUUAAGGAGUGCACCGAUGAAACUGCCAGUCACAUCAAUGGGAUUCUAGGUGAGCUGUUUUCUCGCGUAAAAGGAUCCAAAGGUAGCUGGCGGGGAGCGGUGUUGGGAGCAUUGUAUGGUCUGGUGGAGGCGAACUCGGCAAAAAUAUUGCUAUCAGUAGCGCGCGUUGUAUUGGCGCUGAAUGUGACUGGCAGCAAUUUGACAGGGGCGUGCAAGUUGGUAUUUAAAAUUGCUCGCAAUGAAAACAACGACGUGCUUUUCGCCGACAGUGAUGUGCCAGAACUGCUCGUGGAUGGUUUGGGUCGUGCGUCUCCAGCUGACGAACCCGAAGCGUGUAUCUACGGUUAUGGGGCGAUUCGUUUUUUGGCUGGCUCAGCUGCAUCAGUUUCGCUGAAAGCCAAACCGGAGAAUGUUUCGCGCGAAAACUCAUCUCGGCAAAAAUCGCUGGCUUGUCGUUUGGCACGCCAUGGGCUUGUUCAAUUGAUGAUAUUGCAUUUGAAAAUGCUGAACGAACUGGGAUCUGCUGAAAAGCUAUCUGGACCUCCACUGCACGCGCUUUUCCAGCUAUCUGGAGCACUAAGGACUCUUGCUGGUGUACCUGCUAUUGGCAAUGGUAUGGCUGCAACUCGAUCUUUGCUGCUGAGCACAAAUCCUCAGAUCAAAGAAACGCCUGAUGGGGAAAUGAUUCAAUUGGAACUGGCUGGACCACUGCUAGUUAGAGCAGCAGAGAUGUGCAUAGAUGAACCGGAAGUACAGGCAAACGUUAUCCGAACACUAAGCGUCCUCUCAGAACGUCCUGAAUGCUGUGAACAGUUGGCAGAUGCAGCUGCUCGACUGGGAAUCCUUCUGGGUUCUAUCAGUGAAACAAGUCCAACUGUGGACAAAGGCUUGGCCGCUGCCAAUCGACUGGGAUACAUUCUUGGCAACAUUAUGACCAGAUGGGACACGGCUCGGUUGCAGUUCUAUAUGAAUGAUGUUUCGAUGGAAGCCAUACUGAAUGCAUUGGAGUAUUAUUCGCACAAACGAUUAACUAUCAAAAACCAGAUGGGUGAUGCUGUGGUGGACGUUCUCACGAAGCUGGUACGUGUCAUCGCCAAUAUUAGCGUGAAUGGAGACGUUGGCUACGGACUAAGCAACAAACCACCUCUGGGAGAAAUUUUGCUUAACAUUUUGUUAAAAGUGAAAGAUGUAAAAGAACCGGAAAUGGAAGAACUGUUAUUUGCUACUUUGGGUGCACUUCACAAUCUUUCUUACUAUUAUGAACCAUCGGAUAAUCCACUCCAGUUCAACCACCAUGGAAGCAUGGCCGAUCGCUUGAAGGACAUCUGUGGUGUUUUGUGUAACAUUCUCAACUCGAAUUCCAACCCAGCUCGGUCGGAGGCAGCUCGUGUUCUCGGAAACAUGACACGCAAUACCGUGGCAAGGCAAGCAUUCUGUUCCGAAAAUGGAUUGAAGAUAUUGGUCGAAUGCUUGGAGGCCAACGAUGUGGAGCUGAUGGUUACCUCGUGUGGAGUGCUCGUCAACAUUCUUGGCGAUAGCGAGCGCAGGACGCCGUUCCGGGAAAUACAGGGACCAAUUGUACUGCGGAAAUUGCUGCAGCGUGGAGUGACCAACCAAGAUUGGAUCCUGGCGGGGAUCACUUGUCAAGCCUUGUGGAACUACCUCAUUGACAGCGGAAAUGUUGUUCAUGCUUUGGGUGAAAAUGAAGUGGAUUUCAUUUGUGGAGAUCUGGCCGAUUGCUUGGAUGAAGAGAAAUUGUUCAAUGGCGAAGAACCGGAUGUCCUUUGGGAAGAGUUUGCCCCGGUGGCUACCGAUCUGCUGGAAAGAUUGCAAUCGUGCAUGUCAGUUGAAAAUUCACCUUGCCUAUCUUCUGAUGACGAAGGCGAUAUAAUGAAUAGGGAACAAGUUGAUUCGUGGGGCAAACAGUACAAGCAAUGGUUACAGCAAUGAGAAUUGUUAUAUGAUUGUUACUAUAAUGUUCGAACAUGUCAUUCUUUAUAAUAAAAUAAUUUUCCCUGCA